AUGAACCGACUGAUAAAACAUAGAAGACUUACUUCCUGCCAAAUAGCUGAUUCCAUCAAUAGAGUGACCGAGAAGUCGCGUGACCAUCUGACACCAGAACUGAAGCUUGCGCUGGUGACACCACAAACUCCGGCGUAUAAAGUUUCACAAGAAGACUUUCCUUUCCAAGAGCCAUACUGGGCGUUUUAUUGGCCUGGUGGACAGGUCCUGACACGGUAUCUUUUGGAUUCUGAUAAGGGAUUUAUCUUGUUUGACAUAAUUAACCCUUCUGGAGAUACGUCACUUAAUUUCGAAUUCCGUGAAUCUUAA